AUGCAGGAACUAGGAUUCAACCCACUUUUCAGACCCACUCAUCACAAUUCUCAUGGUACUAAGGCGUACGGUAUUUGUUGCUCAAUUAUCGUGGUGAUGACUCCUAGAGCCCCCGUUCAAGACCCGACCCCAUCCGAAGUUUGGAAGAAAGUGGAAAAUCUCCCUCUAAAGACCGCGACAGGUAGCACCAAGACUGCCCUUCACCAGGAUUCAGGAGGAUCCGCAGACGAAACCCAAGAUACAACAAUGACAGAAACGGGAAAUUCACCAAAGACCGAGACCGAUGCUGCUUCAGCUCUGGAACCUGAGGCUGUGGUCUCCGGGGCGAAACGCGACACCUCUCAGACAAAAGAUGUUUCUUCAUCCUCGGAGUCAAAGGACACCAUUACCGACUCCUCUCAGACCUCCACUGGACCUGAUGCUGAGGCCCCAGUUGCCGACGUAGAAACCUACGGCCAGUUCAAAGAAGGCCAAAUCACCUCCGAUGAGGAGGACGAGGUUACAGUGAUCCGUAGUGACUGGGUGCCCUUGGACAAGCGACGGAAAGCAGCGCGGAAACGCAUCCGGCAGUCACAAAGCUAUAUGGAACUACUAGAGGAUCGUGUGGCAUUCCUAGAAUCACAUAUCGUAAAAUAUAAACCAGAUGAUCCGAUUGAGGAGGAGGAUGAGGCGCCGCCGGCGAAAUUAAUGCGAAGGGAGCCAAACAGGAUGUUAUUUGAGGAGUUUGAACUUGCAAGACAAGAAGAGGGGGAACAUGUUCUCGACAUCCAAGUCCGUGAUCCUGCGGAGGUUGGCGAAGCAAGUGCGGGAAGGGCAGAGAAACUGAGGAUUAAUUCUGUGCCGGUAUUGAAGAUCUUGGAGAAGAUUACUACUUCGAAGCCUUUCGGUAACUCGUACAUCUUCUUGAGGCCUUUUAGAGAUCUCAUGCGACAACGAGAUAUCCUAGGAGAAUAUCUAGAAGAAUUGGAGAAGAUUCAUGGCGACAAAAAUCCAGAUAGUGCAGAUGAUAAGGGUGAGGUCCCUACUGUGAUAUAUGAACCUAGCGGAGGAGUCUGGGGCAGCAAUCUUCUGCCUGAGACGGCGGUAGAGAACAUUACCGAAACUAAAGAAGACAUGGAAGACCUCCGCUGUCUUCUGGAGUUUAUUGAUGAAGAAUGCAAAUCCGAUUUUGACCUCGUCCGAGCUAUCAAGCACGGCGGCGUCAAAAAAAUAGCCUUCACAGAUAUCGACCUACUCUUUACUGCGGGAGAUGAAAUCUAUUCUCAAAAGCAUGUCGAUAAUCCGCAAAUCUAUCGUGUCCUCGCUACCACCGGCGGUCGUCCUCUCCGAAAGACUGAGUUCAUCCGAGGAAAUUACAAGUUGUACUAUCGUAUGCUAAAAAAAGCUACGACUGGUAUAUGCGAGCCCAACCACGCGCCAAGCUACAGCGAUAUAUUCCGUGCUAGAAAAGACGAUGAUGGUAAGGGUGAAUCAUUAUAUAGACGACACGACACUGCGAGCCCCUUCAUCAUUGAUUGUUAUUCAAUCGAUUUUGACGGUUCACAUCUUGGCGGUGUUCAAAAGCAGAUUGAAAUUCGCCCAUACGAAGGUGAGAAACCGGUUACAUCACUACCGGUGUACCCAUUGAAGUUCCUGCCAGAUUUGGAAAAAACAAGGGAACGGCUUUUGGCUCGGGGGAAGUCUUUUUUGCAGAUGCUAGAUGUUUCCCAUAGGUAUUACGAAGGGUUGAGCCUUAGUGAGCCAAAGGAAGAGAUUCAAAGUCAAGUAAUUGCAGACCCAACCCUCGCACUACAACUCAACCCCGAGUGGAUCCCAAAACUAGGUCUCGACAAUGCUACCGAGCGCGAUCCCCGCGAGGCGAACGAGUCCGGCCCCUCUGCAUGUUCCACUCUCUGCUGGCAGGGUAGCUUCUGCGAAAAGCAUGAGGACUUUUUCAUCGAGCUCCAAACAAAGCACCAUCAGGAAAUCUUUGCGGGCCAAGCGAAACUUCUCGAUGAAGCCCAGGAGCAUCAAAAACUAGGAGAUUCUCUUAUCAUCCUAUUACCGGAGCGGAUAUUUGGGUUCGUACUGAGAAGCCGGAAAUGGGCUCCACUGGACGUCACAUUAAUGAGGGACGUUCCAAGUCGAAAAGAAGGGUUCAACUCAUUAGUUUUGCCAAAGGGACAUCGGGACCUGGUCGAGGCGCUGGUCCAAACACACUCCCGAGGCUCGAGGCCUACCUCCGGUACAAUUUACGACAGAGAACACGAAGUUGAUCUCGUUCGUGGGAAAGGCAAAGGACUCAUUAUUCUGCUUCACGGUGCUCCGGGAGUGGGGAAAACAUCCACAGCAGAAUGUGUAGCCGACUUUACUGGAAGGCCUCUCUUCGCGAUAACAUGCGGUGACAUCGGAGCCGAAGCCAAGGAAGUUGAAGAGAACCUCGAAAAGCACUUUUCCCUGGCACACAAAUGGGGAUGCGUUCUUCUCCUUGACGAGGCCGAUAUUUUCUUACAGAAGCGUGACAGGGCCGACCUUCGCCGUAAUAGUAUGGUCUCGGUCUUCCUGCGCGUUCUCGAGUAUUACUCGGGAAUCCUCUUCCUAACGACCAACCGAGUGGGCAUGUUUGACGAAGCUUUUAAAUCUCGCAUCCACAUAAGCCUCUAUUAUCCCCCUCUCGAUCGAAAAGCGUAUCUUGCCGUGUGGGACAUGAACUUGACACGCACUCAAGAAGGGAAAAAGAACAUUCAAGUUGAUCGCGCCGAGAUUCGGGGCUAUGCCAAGAAGCAUUACAAGCAGCUGAAGUGGAACGGAAGACAGAUUCGGAACGCUUUUCAGACAGCGAUAGCGCUCGCGGAAUUCGAUGCCAAGAAGGCCGCUAUCAAAGCUGGCGUGGAGGGUGCAGAAGACAUGAUUCACCCUCCAGCGAAACUCACGCGUCAGAAGUUUGUCAAAGUUGCGAAGGCUAGUAAGGACUUUGACGAGUACCUUAGAGAAGUUUACUCCGGGUUGAACGAUGCAGACAUUGCCGAACUGGAAGAGGUGCGCAAGGACAAUUAUCUAGGAUACCCUCCACGGCGGAGAUCAACGUUCAAUCGGAGCAAGAAGGAGGAAGUGAGUGAAAGCGAGGAGGACACUAGUACAGAUAGCGAGGAGGAUGAGGAUGAUGGCGAUAGUGAAGACCAAGAUGAAGAUAGUGAAAUCGAUAAGAAAAGGAGGAAAAAGAGGAAAGGUAGUAGUGGGGGCAAGAAGUCCAAGAAGGGAGACGAUGACAGUGAGGAUAGUGAGGAUGAGGAAGAGGAGGCAAGGUCUAAGAAGAAGGCAGGGAAGAAGAAAAGUUCAAGACGGUAAUAGCGAUACUGUACUGUAUCCUGGGAUGUGCAUCUUAGAGUAGCUUAAUUUAUAUUUAUGAGGUCAUCUUC